AUGGAUAUGAAGAAUCACACUGACUUCAGACACUCAUUCUGGAGUUUUGGAAAAGAGAAAGAGUUCAAGCCGCACAUUAGACACAUUGCACCUGUUUUGACAGAAUGUGACCUUGACUGGAAAUCCCAUUUGCACUGCAUACCUGAACCUCGAUACAGUGACGCCCCAUUUCCGCACAUCAAAGACAUAAAGUUUCCCAAUGAAAGGAAGCUGAUGAGGUCUUUCCACAAAGCUAAUAUGGAGUCCUGGUCUGAGUGGAGCUUUUAUCCAAAUUUUGGCCUGCCCAAGACCUACCACACUGGAAAGAGAUGCAUUAUAGAUGGUAUUAAUCAUAUGAGAAGCAUGAGAUGUAUUUCAGAAAAUUCUCUAGAAUCAUCCAUAGGAAAGAAAAGGCAGGCCACAGACAAAUUAAGCAUCUACACAGCAACAAGAGCCAGACCAUUUCUAGUUCCCGAGUAUAGCCCUGACUUUCACAAAUAUAGAUCAACGUCACGCACAACCACUUUUGGGUAUUUUGACACACUUAAACCAUUUAUUCACCCAAAGACCCCUCCAAAAGAGCCCAGGACAACUUAUGCAGAGAAAAUUAAAUCUCAUGAGCGAGAGGAGGACAUGCUUGAAGUCAAGGGGCUAUGCACGUGGAGGCCUGCACCAGACAUUUGUGACAGGACAGUUUGGCAGGAUGCCUAA